CCAGCCAAAAGGCGGCUGCCGUGAGUAUAUCUGGGACCUUGAGGCAUGGAAAUCCGCACCGCGUCCGUAGGCCCGCUGCGGAUGAUUUCAGCACUGGACGGAACACGGCUCCACGUGAACUGGGACUUCGAAAGAAAUAAAUAGAGUGCAGGCACAAAAUAUUUCGUUUCACUCUUUUUUUCUGCUUCUUUCUCAGAAAAACACUGUUUAUGAAAGCUCCCCCAAUUGACCUUAUUUCGUUCUUACCGAGCUUGUAUUUGGUUUCCACUUUCUAGUUCUCUUUCUGUUCACUAUCUCAAACACCAACACCUUCUCUGGAAUUCUCUAAUCAGCUUUACUUUUCACCUUAAAAUCCUUUCCAGCAUCUCAUUUACGUCGACCGUUGCCUCAGCGUUAACUUUCUGCCCUUCACACUAACUUUGGUUCUUAACUCUGGCUUCCUCCACAAUGUACUAUCCCUCCACCGCUACAUGUUCAGGCUACUAUGCUACUCCAAUUCUAAAUGACUUUUCCUAUGAAAAAUCCUACCUGGACAAUGCUGUCGCUCACAGCUUUCAAAACGUUGACGCGAACCUAAAUCCUAGAGAGAAACAUCGCUACAACUUUGGUUUCACUCAAAACCUUUCAACUGCAAAAAGAAAAAGCGACAAUAGCGAUGAAGAAACUGAUUUUCCUGUCGCGAUGCACACCAAGUUGAGAAAGAUCUCAAGGCCUCUUGGUCUCACCACCCAAACCAAUUCAAACGACUGGCCUGUUUAUCAACAUCCUUAUGGUGGAACCAUACAAUACACCUCCUUUGGUAACGUUAGAACCCAGUUUGAUCCACAAAACAACCUUGAAAUCAGCAGUUUUGAUAAUGAAACUGAUUUAAACACUUUCUCAACUGCUGCUGGCCCUCAACCUGCUUCUCACUCUCCAUUAUUAUCAAAUUCAAAUUCAGUCCCAACUCCAAAAUUUGGCUUGUUGACUCCAAAAUCCUCAAGAUUAAGUUUAAACAACAGCGAUUUCAACUCUCCUUCAAAUGAAGUUGAGUCUUACUUACUUGAUGGUUAUAGAUUAAAUGGCCAACAAUCAAAUGCUCAAAGAAAUAAUUUUGCUACUUCUACCUUGAAUAACCAUAUCUCUAAUGAAGACCACGAUCAAGAAAUGCAUUAAUUUAUUUUUCUGGAACAAAAACAAUUCGAUGACUAUAUUAAAAGUAUGAUUUUUUGUAUAUUAAUAUUAAUUUAUAUGAUAAAACCUGUGUUUAAGUUUACUUUUGAUUUAAUUUUUUUACAAAAAAAAAAAAGAAAAAAGGUUAGAAGACCUUUUAUAUUGAUGUUUAUUUUUAUUUUUUUAGAAUAAUCCUUUCUAUAUUUCUUAUAUUUCUUAUAUUUUUCCCAUUUUUUAUGUUUUUAAUAUCUUCUAAAUUUUUUUAUUCCUUAAAUUUUCUCAUUUCUUUAUUUCUCUGUUUCUGUUGGUUUUUUUCUCCAUUUUUUAUUUCCUUUACUUCUUGAUUUAUUUCUACCCAAUUUAUUAAUUUUACUUUUUUCUAAAGUUUGUGGGUUUAUGUUUGAUUAUUUAUAUGUU